AUGAUUACUACAAUUCCUAUUUCUCUUCAUCAAUCGACAGAUCGUACAGGAACUACUUAUCGAUUUGAAAAUCAAAAAUAAUAGAAUAUGAAUCUAUUACAAAGAGUGAAAUAACAUCUAUAAUAUAAGUCAGCAACAUUUAAGACAAAGAAAUAAUGUGUUAUAGAUUCAUAAUAAUUGGACAAACAUGUCGAUGAUGAAUUAAAUAAUAGAAAAUAUAUAACGACAAUGGAUAAUGAUGAUAUAAAUCAUUAGAAAUUGAUUGACGACUGUGUUAGAGAUAUAUUAAAGUUUAAUAAGCCAGUAUCUGAUGAAACUGACAAAUCUCCUAUGUUCAGAGGUAGUUAAAGAUCAUCUUUUUCUUAAAUUGGAAAAGUUAUACCAAAAAACAGAAUCAAAAGAUUAUCUUCUACAAUAUUAGUUGGAUAAAUGGUUAAAAAUAAAGGAUUAGAAAAACCAACAAUAAAUUAAAUAAAAUAAUAAUAAAUUGAUAAAAUUAUAAAAUUAGAAAGAGAUAGAAAAAGUACAGAGACUAACCCAAAAUCUCUUAAAAUAAUUUUACCCAUUAUUUUGACAAAAAAUUAAGAAAGAGAAUCUGUAAAUUAACUUUAAUAAAAACUAAGUAUGGUUACUGCAUCUUAGAGAUAUAUGAAAACAAAAAAAAGGGUAUUAUCUUAAGAUCCUUCUCCAUUAUUUGAACAUCAAACAAGUUUUUCAAUGAUAUCAGAUUCAUUUGAUUGUAGUCCUAAAUAAUAUGAAUCAAAUAGAAGACUUGGAACUUUGAUACAAUAAUUAAAUAACGAAAAAGAUGAGAUAACAACACAUUAAAAGAGAAUAAAAAAUUCAAUUUGUUAAAAUUAAAAAAACUUCAAUAAAAUUGAUGAUAAAUUACAACCUGAAAAUUUAGAAAAAUAUAAUUAUCUAAAACAUGAAUAAUAAAUAUUUGGAAAAGUGAAACAACGUAAAAUUGUACUUUGA